AUGCCUACUCCUUCCAUGACUCCUUUUACUUCCAGUUCUGAGACUUCUGAGACAACUGCACCCAGUCUAUCUUCAAGCACAAACACACCCACUGAGCACAUGGAGCAGACUACACCCCAAGGAACCUCAUCUGAGUACACAGUGAUGUCUAGUUCAUCCACCACUGAGGAACCACUCACGACACAGCUGUUUUCUCAGUCAACAUUCUCUACCUCCUCCAUUGAGGUGACCUCUGAAACUCCAACCACAACUAGUGAGACCACAACAUCUUCUCCCUCCAAGACCCCUUUCACCUCCAGUCUUGAGCCUUCUGAGACAACUGCACCUACCCUGUCUUCAAGCACAAACACACCCACUGAGCACAUGGAGCAGACUACACCCCAAGGAACCUCAUCUGAGUACACAGUGAUGUCUAGUUCUUCCACCACUGAGCAACCAUCCACAAAACAGCUGUCUUCUCAGUCCACAUUCACUACCUCCUCCAGUGAGUUGACCUCUAAAACUACAAGCACUACUAGUGAGAGUACAACAUCUACUCCUUCCAUGACUCCUUUUACUUCUCCUUCUGGACCUUCUGAGACAACUGCAGUCAUCCUGUCUGCUAGCACCAACACCACCCAUACACCAGAACAGAGCUCAUCACAAGGGGCCUCAUCUGAGUACACAGUGAUGUCUAGUUCUUCCACUACUGAACAUCCAUCCACAACAGAGAUGUCUUCCCAGUUAACAUUCUCUGCCUCCUCCAGUGAGUUGACUACUGCAACUACUACCACAACAAGUGAAACUACAACACCUACUCCAUCCACAACCUCUUUUACAUCCAGUCCUGAGCCUUCAGAGACAACUGCACCCAGCGUAUCUUCAAGCACAAACACACCCACUGAGCACAUGAAGCAGACUACCUUAGAAGGGACCUCAUCUGAGUACACAAUGAUGUCUAGUUCUUCCACUACUGAGCAACCAUCCACAAAACAGCUGUCUUCUCAGUCUACAUUGUCAGUCACCUCAAUGGAGGUGACUUCAGAAACUCCAGCCACAACUAGUGAGACCACAACACCUACUUCAUCCACCACCCCUUUUACUUCCAGUUCUGAGCCUUCUGAGACAACUACAGCCAUCCUAUCUGCUAGCACCAACACCACCCGUACAACAGAACGGAGCUCCCCACUGCUUACAACUUCCACAGCCUAUCAUGGAUCUGCUAGCACUGAAAUUGCCACUAGUGGAACAUCUCAUUCAUCGACAUCCCUUGAAACAAGUGGAGAGACUUUCACCACUACUGUAGCUCAAAGCACUUCCAAUACAACAUUAUCAUCUGCAUCCAUCGCUGAGUCCAUAACCACACACUCUACUACUAGCAUAUCAGAAAUGACCCCAACACUGUUGCCCACUACAUUAACGCCUUUUGCUUAUACUACUAUGAAAAUAUCGACCUCGGAGGCAUCUUCACCUUCUACCACUACUCAUGGACCCACAUCGACUAAUUCACAGCUUACAACUUCAUCUGGUAAGUAUCUGUGUAAUCAUAUGGAAAUGAUGUUUAUCUCACAGUACAGUAUUCCAGUGCUUAACAGUUUACACAUGCUGCCCAUACUGGGCCAACUACAACGUUAUUGUAUUGCUUUACAAGGCCUUUAACAACUUGAGUCUAGGAUAUCUUCAAUACUGUUUGAUGCGUUAUAUCCCUGUUAGAUCACUUCCGUCUUUGUGGGAGUGGCUCUAACUGGUUCCCCAUGACUCAGGGACACAGGUCACCUCCCAUGAGCUGUGUGUUCAGAAUUGUGGCCCAAUUCUGUGGAACUCCCUUUUGGCUGAGACCUCUUCUUGACUGAACGUAAGGCACUCAUAGAGGCUUUGUUGUUUUCAGCAAGCAAUUUAGGUAACACUUUUUGAUUUUCUGAUGAAAUUUCCUUUCUUGGCAUGUUCUUAAAUGUUGUUAAUAUUCAGUUUUCUUCCUCUUAUUCAGGUUACACACCCAGUCCUGAACCUUCUGAGACAACUGCAUCCAGCCUAUCUUCAAGCACAAACACACAAACUGAGCAUGUGAAACAGACUACACCGCAAGGGAACUCAUCUGAGUACACAGUGAUGUCUAGUUCUUCCACCACUGAACAACCAUCCACGCUAGAGUUGUCUUCUCAGAUAACAUUCUCUGCCUCCUCCAGUGAGGUGACUUCUGAAACUCCAACCGCAACUCGUGAGACUACAACACCUACUCCAUCAAAGACCUCUUCUAUAUCCAGUCCUGAGCAUUCAGAGAUAACUGCACCCAGCCUAUACUCAAGCACAAACACACCCACUGAGCACUUGAAGCACACUACCUCAGAAGGGACCUCAUCUGAGUACACAGUGAUGUCUACUUCUUCCACCAGUGGACCACCAUCCACAACAGAGAUGUCUUCUCAGUCAACAAUGUCAGUCAACUCAAGUGAGGUGACUUCUGAAACUCCAACCAUAACUCGUGAGACUACAGCACCUGCUCCAUCCAACACCCCUUCUACACCCAGUCCAGAGCCUACUGAGACAACUGCACCCAGCCUGUCCACAAUAACAAACACACCGACUGAGCACAUGGAGCAGACUACCUCAGAAGAGACCUCAUCUGAGUACACAGUGAUGUCUAGUUCUUCCACUACUGAACAACCAACCACAAUAGAGAUGUCUUCUCAGAUAACAUUCUCUGCCUCCUCCACUGAGGUGACCUAUGAAACUACAAGCACUAUUAGUGAGAGUACAACACCUACUCCUUCCAUGACUCCUUUUACUUCUCGUUCUGAACCUUCUCAGACAACUGCAGCCAUCCUAACUGCUAGCACCAACACCACCCGUACAACUGCACCUACCCUGUAUUCAAGCACAAACACACCGACUGACCAUGUGGAGCAGACUACACCACAAGUAACCUCAUCUGAGUACACGGUGAUGUCUAGUUUUUCCAACACUGAGCAACCAUCCACAAAACAGCUUUCUUCUCAGUCCACAUUCACUACCUACUCCAGUGAGCAUAGUACUGAAACUACAGCUACAGCUAGUGAGACUACAACACCUAUUCCAUCUAAUACCCCUUCUACAUACAAUCCUGAGCCUUCUGAGACAACUGCACCCUUCCUAUCAUCAAGCGCAAACACACCCACUGAGUACAUGAUGCAGACUACACCACAAGGAACCUCAUCUGAGUACACGGUGAUGUCUAGUUCUUCCACCACUGAGCAACCAUCCACAAAACAGCUGUCUUCUCAGUCAACAUUGUCUGUCUCCUCCAGUGAGUUGAACUCUGAAACUACAAGCCCUGCUAGUGAGAGUACAAUGCCUACUCCUUCCAUGACUCCUUUUACUUCCAGUUCUGAGACUUCUGAGACAACUGCACCCAGUCUAUCAUCAAGCUCAAACACACCCACUGAGCACUUGAAGCAGACUACACCACAGGGAAUCUCAUCUGAGUACACAGUGAAGUCUAGUUCAUCCACCACUGAGGAACCACUCACGACACAGCUGUUUUCUCAGUCAACAUUCUCUACCUCCUCCAUUGAGGUGACCUCUGAAACUCCAACCACAACUAGUGAGACCACAACAUCUUCUCCUCCAAGACCCCUUUCACCUCCAGUCUUGAGCCUUCUGAGACAACUGCACCUACCCUGUCUUCAAGCACAAACACACCCACUGAGCACAUGGAGCAGACUACACCCCAAGGAACCUCAUCUGAGUACACAGUGAUGUCUAGUUCUUCCACCACUGAGCAACCAUCCACAAAACAGCUGUCUUCUCAGUCCACAUUCACUACCUCCUCCAGUGAGUUGACCUCUAAAACUACAAGCACUACUAGUGAGAGUACAACAUCUACACCUUCCAUGACUCCUUUUACUUCUCCUUCUGGACCUUCUGAGACAACUGCAGCCAUCCUGUCUGCUAGCACCAACACCACCCAUACACCAGAACAGAGCUCAUCACAAGGGGCCUCAUCUGAGUACACAGUGAUGUCUAGUUCUUCCACUACUGAACAUCCAUCCACAACAGAGAUGUCUUCCCAGUUAACAUUCUCUGCCUCCUCCAGUGAGUUGACUACUGCAACUACUACUACAACAAGUGAAACUACAACACCUACUCCAUCCACAACCUCUUUUACAUCCAGUCCUGAGCCUUCAGAGACAACUGCACCCAGCGUAUCUUCAAGCACAAACACACCCACUGAGCACAUGAAGCAGACUACCUUAGAAGGGACCUCAUCUGAGUACACAAUGAUGUCUAGUUCUUCCACUACUGAGCAACCAUCCACAAAACAGCUGUCUUCUCAGUCUACAUCGUCCGUCACCUCCAUUGAGGUGACUUCAGAAACUCCAGCCACAACUAGUGAGACCACAACACCUACUUCAUCCACCACCCCUUUUACUUCCAGUUCUGAGCCUUCUGAGACAACUACAGCCAUCCUAUCUGCUAGCACCAACACCACCCGUACAACAGAACGGAGCUCACCACUGCUUACAACUUCCACAGCCUAUCAUGGAUCUGCUAGCACUGAAAUUGCCACUAGUGGAACAUCUCAUUCAUCGACAUCCCUUGAAACAAGUGGAGAGACUUUCACCACUACUGUAGCUCAAAGCACUUCCAAUACAACAUUAUCAUCUGCAUCCAUCGCUGAGUCCAUAACCACACACUCUACUACUAGCAUAUCAGAAAUGACCCCAACACUGUUGCCCACUACAUUAACGCCUUUUGCUUAUACUACUAUGAAAAUAUCGACCUCCGAGGCAUCUUCACCUUCCACCACUACUCAUGGACCCACAUCGACUAAUUCACAGCUUACAACUUCAUCUGGUAAGUAUCUGUGUAAUCAUAUGGAAAUGAUGUUUAUCUCACAGUACAGUAUUCCAGUGUUUAACAGUUUACAUAUGCUGCCCAUACUGGACCAACUACAACGUUAUUGUAUUAAUUUACAAGGACUUUAACAACUUGAGUCUAGGAUUUCUUCAAUACUGUUUGAUGCGUUAUAUCCCUGUUAGAUUACUCCCGUCGUUGUGGGAGUGGCUCUAACUGGUUCCCCAUGACUCAGGGACACAGGUCACCCCCAAUGAGUUGUGUGUUCAGAAUUGUGGCCCAAUUCUGUGGAACUCCCUUUGGCUGAGACCUCUUCCUGACUGAACUUCAGGCACCCAUAGAGGCUUUGUUGUUUUCAGCAAGCAGUUUAGGCAACACUUUUGGUUUUCUUAUGAAUUAUAAUUGAUUCUAUCAUUUGUAUUUCUCUUGAACCCUCACUGGACACUUCUUAGAAAUCAUCGCUUUACAGCAUAUAUAUUGUUGGAUCCUGAUAUGAGGGCUCUUUUAUCGAUUUGUUCUUAAAUAUUGUUAAUGUUCUGUUCUGUUCUUUUCCUCUUCCUCAGCUUCUUUCACCACAGUUGUCCCUCUCGGGUGCCUUAAUGGUGGAGUGCUUGUUGAGGGUUUUUGUCACUGCCCAUCUCCCUAUACUGGGCAGAGUUGUGAAGAGGCAAAGAAUGAAAUCCAAGUGGGUAAGUCUGAGCAUUAUUAGUUCAAGUCUCCUGCCCUCUGGCUCUUCCUUUGAAAACAAAAGCUCAGGGACUUCCGGAGGUGGCGCCAUCGGUUAAUGGCGGAUUCCCUCUAAUCAGAGGGAACUGCUCCACGGAAAACAGGGUCGGAUCCCGCUUCGGCGUAGCGGGGGACCCUUGAAAUCACAGGCGGGUGAAGCCUGUGAACCUGGGACUCGGCGGGCACGUUUUGCGCCCCCCCAAUCCGUGAAGGAGCCCGGCAACGGGUUCCGGAACGGAACGGGGGAAGUAGCGCUGUGCUGUGAGUCGUCUGCUUCUUCUGUGGAGUGAAGCCGCGCAGCUGUGACCGGAGAGCGCUGCCUUUCUUUCUUGGAAAUUUGGCUUUGAAAACAACGAUCCGUGAGUAGGAUUUUUACGCAAUUAAGGAACUGUACAAAUUUGAAAGGAAUUUGGCCGAAGCAGAGAGGUAUAAAAAGGAAGUCUGCCUCCCGCUUCUGUAGAUAAAACAAAGCAUUGAACUUGAAAGCGGAAGCUUUGAAAAGACGCAUAAAAGGAUUUCAAUCCAAUCAUCUAACUAGGACUUUUCCUCCUCAACUUGAAGGAAGAGGGGGGGAAGCUUUGAAUGUUAUUUUGUUAAGAAGAAGUGAGAAAAAGAAGAUAAAAACCACCGCUCAAUCCCAUGGGAAUGGGUUCCCAGAGACAAUAAAAAGCUGGAGAAAAGGUACUGUCUUUGAACAUAUUUUGACAGCUAGUCUUGCACUUGAAAUACAAUUUGGAUACGAUAUUGUGGAUAGGUAUCUCCUGGUCUUAAAGUAACUGUUUAAGAUAGAUUGUUAUCUUUCUGAUGAAUUGGUGGGACUUAAAGAAGAAGUAAAGCAUUUAAGAACUUUAUGACUGUUACAGUGUCCCCUAGUGGAAUUUGGAACUUGUUACAACUAGUUACAAUUGCAGUUGGCCUGAGGAUUUUCCCACACUGUCUUCUUGGAACUUUCCACUUCAAAACAAUUCUGAAUUCAACUGUGUGACUGACCUUGAGUUUUAUCUAGAGGGGGAUGGCAGAUGGGAAAGAGAAAUUAGAGUCGCUACAAGCAACAAGGUCGGGCAAAGUAUUGCGAACAGACGGUGGACUACAAAGAAGAGCUUCGACCCCUGGCCCCUCUGGAGUUCCAACAGCAGCCCCAUCGGCACAACCCAAAACUAAAGGUAUGGCAAGCGAUGACGCCUUUGCUCAGGUUUUGGCUAAAAUUAAUGAAUCUUUGGACAAAAUACGCAAACAAGUAGCAGAGGCAUCAGACAAGAUUGAUCAAAAUACAACAAGUAUUAAUCAAAAUACAACAAGUAUUAAUCAAAAUACAGUAAGUUUAAAUAAUUUGGGCCAGAAAGUAAAUACUAAUACAGAGACUAUUCAGAAAUUAUUAGAGGAAUCGGCCUCAACACGUCAGAUUGCCGAAGAGGCCAAAGAAAUUGCUACAGCGUCUGUUGCAGAGGUUCAAGAGGUUCAAGAGAAGAUACCACCGUUACAUAAACAACUUGAAGACCAUAAGUUAACCCUGUCUAUGAUUGAGUUGAAAGAGAAACAAGUGAAUUUAAGGGUCAGAGCAGUACCUGAAGUGGAGAAGGACAAUUUAAUUGAUUUUCUUACGCAGGAAUUCUCAGAUUUUUGGAAUCCAGAAUUGGUAAAAGACAGUUUCAAAAUAGUGAAUGCUUUUAGACUUGGAAAAGGAGGAGGAAAGAAGGUGAGAGACUGUUUGAUUACUCUCCGAACAAAAGAAGAGAGGGACAAGAUCUUGGGUUUGCAUUUCCAGAAGACACUGGAAAUACAUCAGACAAGAGUGGAGAUAUUUAAGGACAUUCCGAAACACCUUCUGGAUCUCAGAUCUAACUAUAAAGACCUGGUUACUUUGUUGAAAAGUAAUAGAAUUAACUUCAGGUGGGAAUUACUCAAGGCCUAUCCUUUAGUUACAAAGGAAAGAAGAGGAAAAUAAGAUCGGAAGACGACAAAGACAAAUUCUGGAGAGACCACGGAGAAGACCUACAAAAGAAAGUCACAGGAGAGCUAAGAACAAUUGCAAGAGAAGCUUUAGACAUACCAGGACUACCUCUGGAACUAAAAGACCGCCUGAAAAACGUGAUACCACCGAUGAAACAGGAACAGGCACUAGGUGCCGUUGGAGGAGAACCAAAAUAAUCACAUCAUGGCCCUGCAACUAUUAACCUGAAACUGUCAUGGUCUGAAUUCUGUUGGGUUGAAAUCACGACAGACGAGUGGUAGGUGUCAUAUGAGAGGCGUCUGCCGGGGCGAGCCCCGGGAACUCUCUUUAUUGAAUAUUACAAACAUUGCCACAGGUGUGCUUGUGGCUGAUUGGUUGAUACAAACACAAAGCAUCUUGUUGCUGAUUGGUUAACAUAGGUACAAGGCGGGAAUUACAUAUAACUACUUAUCACUGAUAGAUCAAAGGCUGAGAAAUGGAGCUAGAACUAGACAGGCAUGAAUCCUCCUAAUUAAAUUAUAACUAAAGAUUAAUAUAACAUGACUAAAACAAUUACUAAUGAUUGAUCAUAACAUGAAAGAAUAUAAUAAUCAAGUUCCGUAAAUGUGGUCAGCUAUGCAUUAAGAACAGCCCAUAUUGUUUUGUUCAUGAACUUGGAAUGAACUGAAGAAUGAGAGAAUGUCUUGGUGUGUUAGGCUUGGUGUGUUUGGAACAGUAUGUGCAGAAGCAGAAGCGAGACUUCCCAGAAUGCAAGAGAAAAGAAGCAAUAGUUCUAAUAGCAAGAUUUCCACAAUGCCACAGUUAUGUGCAGUAAGAGAACUGCAGAAAGAGAACUUCCUUUAUCUCCCCUUUCUUUUCUUGUUUGCGAGGCGUUCUGGGUCAAUAAGGCAAAAUAAUUCGGGAUACGUGGUGUGCCAGCGCAUGCCCAAAAUAAGUUCGCCAGGGUCGAUGGGACAAAAAUACUUCAGGAUACGUGGUUUGCCAGCGCAUGCCCAAAAUAAGUCUGCCAACAUCUCCCCUAAAGUUUACUGUUGGUGUUGCCAUUUCGCAAAGUAGGCAGCAAGGAGUUUACUUGGUGGCUGAGGGGGAGAGAGAAGCCGAGAGAGAAGACUUAUGAGGCUAGGAACGCAUUGAAGCAGCAUAGCAAAAUAAGUAUACAAAUUAUGACAAUAGCAUAUUGAAAAAGACCACGAAGCCAAGUAAGGUUAGGCAGCCAAGCGGUAAGCCACUGGGUGAAAGAAUCCCAGAGGCCAGAAAAACCAACGUCCUGUUUAAUGUGAUGUGCAAGAUUUUGCAAAUGAGAGAUUUGGCUUUGAAUGGCUCUAGAAUUGUCAGUACAGUGGUGCCUCGCAAGACGAAAAGAAUCCGUUCCGCGAGUCUCUUCGUCUUGCGGGUUUUUUCGUCUUGCGAAGCAAGCCCAUUAGCGGAUUAGUGCUACAGUAUUAGCGGCUUAGCGGACUUAGUGGAUCAGCUGAUAAGCGGCUUAACGAUAAGCUGAUAAGCAGCUUAACGAUCAGCUGAUAAGCGGCUUAACGAUAAGCUGAUAAGCGGCUUAGCAUCAGCUGUUAAGCGGCUUAGCCAUCAACUGAUAAGCGGUUUAGCGGCUUGGGAAAAAGGGGGGGGAAGGAAAAAAACCCCGCAGGCUUAGCGGGCUUAGUGGAUCAGCUGAUAAGCGGCUUAACGAUCAGCUGAUAAGCGGCUUAACGAUAAGCUGAUAAGCGGCUUAACGAUCAGCUGAUAAUCGGCUUAGCAUCAGCUGUUAAGCGGCUUAGCCAUCAGCUAAUAAGCGGUUUAGCGGCUUGGGAAAAAGGGGGGGGGGAAGGAAAAAAACCCCCGCAGGAACUCGCAAGACAUUUUCGUCUUGCGAAGCAAGCACAUAGGAAAUUCGUUUUGCGAAGCACCUCCAAAACGGAAAACCCUUUCGUCUAGCGGGUUUUCCGUCUUGCGAGGCAUUCGUCUUGCGGGGCACCACUGUAAUAUUGAAACAACACAUGUCAUUCACUUGUUCACAGCCAUAAUGAUGAAGCAUCAGCAAAUAAUCGAUAGCACGAUUUUGUAAAAGUCCAUUUUGUAGUUCACUCUGUUCUUUAUUCAAAAGGUGAAGAGCUUGUGAAGUAAAAUUCAGAGUUUUUGCUGCAUAACAAGCUAAAGAAUUAAUGUUCAUACGAUUCCGUACAGCCAAUCCAGGGACUCCUAAGAGAGAAACAACUAAAAAGAUAUAUUCAGACCUACUGGGAAAAGAGACAAAAGCAUCACAAUCAUUAGUCAAUUCAAUAUUGCGGCGAUAUCGAGAGCGGGAUAAAUGAUGCUUCUUGGGUAAAAUGAUGGACAAACGGCUUAAGCAGCAAGGUGUGCCAUGGCUGAUGUAUUGGCACAUGGUAGGGGAAUUCAACAUCCCUUGUGGUAGGACUUUCCAUUGGUACCGUUCCAUGGGCUGACUGUUAUUUAACACAGGAACAGUAAAAGCAAAAAAUUUACGAUCCUUCUCCUGUAGGGGAAUGGAGAAGAAACAAUCUUGCAGGUCUAUUAUAGCCAAUUGAUAAGAAUGUGGAAUCAUAUUUGGAUUAGGCAGACCACACUGCAAAGGCCCCAUGGGUUCAAGGAUUUGGUUUAUUUUCCUUAAAUCCUGGAGAAAUCUCCAUUUGCCACUCUUCUUUUUCUGACGAAGAUGGGUGUAUUAUAGGGGCUAACUGAAGGCUCAAUAUGCUCUGCCGAUAAUUGUUCAUUCACUAAUUGUUUUAAAGCAAGUAGCUUUUCUCCCGUUAUGGGCCAUUGUUCCACCCAUACAGGACUGGUAGAUUUCCAGCUGAGGGGAAGUACAAGCUACUCAUUAAAUUGAAUGGUAGCUUGUAAUUGUUGUAGUAAAUCUCUUCCCCACAGAUUGAGGUGGAUUUUCAGCACAUAGGGCUGGAUGUAUGCAAUGGUUUCAGAGCUAUCAGGCAGAGAAACAGGCAGCCACUGUACGCUUUUGGAAGAGGUUUGGGGGCCACCCACACCCCAGACUGCAGAGGCAGACUCAAGGGGCCACGUGGGGUCCCAGCAACUACUAGAAAUUACAGAAACGUCUGCGCCUGUGUCAAUCAAGCCUUCCAGCACAAUACCAUUGAUUUUAUACUUACGAAGAAGUUUCUUUUCACCAAUCCUCUGGACUACAGCUAACAGCUGUGGAGGGAAAGAAGAGAGCUCGUGCAAAUUAGUAUCCAUAAUAGAAGCAGUAGGAUGAGAAGGGAGCACCACCAAAUGCGCCCAGGACUCACCCUUUUUUAAUUGCAUGGGCAUAUGGCUCCAGAGUUGAACCAUUAUUGUGCCUACAUAGUCAGGAUCCAGAACUCCUGGAAUAACCUGGAUUCCUUCUUUUGCCGCAGAAAAUUUGGGUAAAAUUAAACCUGCGACUUUAGGAGGCAGUGGGCCUGCCAAUUGAGUGGGCAUAAGCACAAUUUCACCAGGUAAAACAGAGUCUUUGGUCUCUUGAUUGAUCAAAUCAAUGGCAAAUUCAGAGGGUGUUUUUUUAGAAAAGUUUGCAGCAGCGGAAACUAAAGGUGGAAAACUCUCUAAUUGCCCUGGCCCGAGAGUGGGGCCGCAAUGGAGUUUCCCGGACUCCUGCAUUGAUUAGCCCAAUGAUAGCCUUUUCCACAUUUCGGGCAUUUUUUAGAAGGUUUAGCCUUAGAGGCAGCACCAUCCUUGUUUGCCCCCCCGCCAGGGGCUCUGCAUUGCUUGGCAAAAUGGCCUGGGCGCUUACAAUUAAAGCAAUCACCUGUAGGUCUAUUAGUAGCUUGGAUUGCGCCAGCAAGCAAAGACAUCGCAUGGCUCUGGCUACCGACAUCCGCACAAGCUUGAAUCAUAUCGGCCAGGUCAUAUUUAGGGCGAUGUAUGAUUGACUGCAAUGCUUUCUUGCAAUCGGUGUUUGCGUUUUCAAAGGCCAAUUUUCUCAUCAAUUCAUUUUGAGCUGUAGUGUUAUCAAUCUGCCUAGUGACUGAUUCUUUCAAUCUAUCUAUAAACUGAUGGUAUGGCUCCGAAUGCUGUUGCUUAAUAUUAACAAAGGAGCUCAGCGGUUGCCCUGAAACAGGGACUUUCCGAAAGGCGCGUUGUACACAGGUCGCGGUGCGACUAAAAUGUACAGGUGUCAGCGUCGCCUGGGCUGUUAUAUCAGCAUACUGACCAGCGCCAUAAAGUUGAUUGGCAGUAUGCUGCGGAUCAGACAGGGCUGAUGCGCUAUGUUUAAAUUCACUCUCAAACACCACAUACUGAGCUGGGGAUAAAAGCAUGCGCAUCAGGUCUUUCCAGUCUUGAGGUAGCAUUAUGUAACCAGUUGCUAUGCCUUCUAGCAUUCCUGUUACAUAGGAGGAUUUUAGACCAGAAUCAGUAAUGGCUUUCCUUAAUUCUCUCAUUACAGAAUAAGGAAGUGACUCAUAAAAAACCUGCUGUUGAGCAGUUCCAGGGUUUGAAUAGGUGAUAGGGAAAGCAGACGGCAUUUCACCUGGCCACUCAGACUCCUCCUCUAAGGACAGGAGCCCUUUCUGCCUGGCCAAAGAAAGCGCAGCGCGCACAGCUCCUAUAGAGCAAACAGGGGCUGUGGCAGGCGGAGGAGGGAUGGGGGGGGAGGAUGCAGGCUGAGGAGGUUGAGACGCAGGGAGGGAUUGGCUGGGCUGCAAAGGAGAAGGAGGCAAAAGCUUUGGGUAAGGUGGGGGGAUUGUCUGCAGUGGCCAGAAGGGGAGACGCCUGGGGUCCCAAUUGGGGCCCUAAUUUAGCAACGGCGUCUGCACAUUUCUGCCAAGUGAGCAGACAAUGAAUCGGAGCCCUUGGUUCUGUAAAAAGGGUCUUUCCAAUCUUUUGCCAAGUCUCUACCUCCAAGGAACCAGCCUCAGGAUAGAAGGGACAUUGGCAAUUAAUCUCACAUAGCAAUUGUUCAAUUUCUUUUAAGGAAAUAUUAACACCCACCGCUCGCUGUCUAACUAAAUAAAGCAAUUCUUUAGCAUGCUCUUUUUGGAAUUUAGUCAAUUCCCUCCCAUACUCACGAAGUAGCACGCUGAGACUUUUCCAGUCGAGUGAAGUAUGAGGGCUGGCUGCGUAAGGGAUCUGGCACGUCGGGGGUCACCAGAUGUUGGGUUGAAAUCACGACAGACGAGUGGUAGGUGUCAUAUGAGAGGUGUCUGCCGGGGCGAGCCCCGGGAACUCUCUUUUACUGAAUAUUACAAACAUUGCCACAGGUGUGCUUGUGGCUGAUUGGUUGAUACAAACACAAAGCAUCUUGUUGCUGAUUGGUUAACAUAGGUAUAAGGCGGGAAUUACAUAUAACUAUUUAUCACUGAUAGAUCAAAGGCUGAGAAAUGGAGCUAGAACUAGACAGGCAUGAAUCCUCCUAAUUAAAUUAUAACUAAAGAUUAAUAUAACAUGACUAAAACAAUUACUAAUGAUUGAUCAUAACAUGAAAGAAUAUAAUAAUCAAGUUCCGUAGAUGUGGUCAGCUAUGCAUUAAGAACAGACCAUAUUGUUUUGUUCAUGAACUUGGAAUGAACUGAAGAAUGAGAGAAUGUCUUGGUGUGUUAGGCUUGGUGUGUUUGGAACAGUAUGUGCAGAAGCAGAAGCGAGACUUCCCAGAAUGCAAGAGAAAAGAAGCAAUAGUUCUAAUAGCAAGAUUUCCCAUAAUGCCACAGUUAUGUGCAGCAAGAGAACUGCAGAAAGAGAACUUCCCUUUAGAAUUCCCUCAGAAAAGGAAAUCAGUGUUUCACUUAUUAAAAAGGAACAAUUGGACUUGAUCUGUCUACAAGAAACACAUAUAACAAGAUUACACAGGAAACUGUUGAUAAAUAAAAGACUUGGUCAGGAGUUUAUUUCAUCGGACAAAGUUAAAAAAAAGAGGGGUUGUGAUUUAUGCAAAGGACAGACUAUCACCGAAAUUUGUUUUUAAAGAUGACCAAGGAAGAUUUGUGGCAAUUGAAAUUCAAACGCAAGGAGAAAAAUUUUUGAUAGUAGGAAUCUAUGCACCAAAUGAUGGGAAAUCUGAAUUUUUUAAGAAGUUGCACGAGACCCUGAUGGACUAUUUGGAUUACAACAUGAUUUUGAUGGGAGACAUGAAUGGAGUGGUAUCUACAUAUAUGGACAAGGCACAAAGACAGGUAGUCACUAAGGAUGGUAGACUACCGAAAACCUUUUUUGACAUGACAGACAACUUGGACUUAGUUGAUAUUUGGAGAAUAAGAAACCCCAUGGCUAAAGAGGGAACCUUCUUUUCUGAAGCCAAAAUGACAUGGACAAGAAUUGACCAAAUUUGGAUAACUAGAGGAAUGGCACCAAAGACAAGAAAGGUGGAAAUCUGCCCGAAAACUUGCUCCGACCACAAUGCUGUCAAGAUGGAAAUGAGAUUAACACCAACUGGCUCCUUUAGAUGGAAGAUGAAUGACACCUUAUUUAGAGAUGAAGAAGUACUUAAGAAGGCCCAAAAAACCUUGAGAGACUAUUUUGAGAUAAAUUUGAGCACCAAUGUGGAGAAAAGAGUAAUCUGGGACGCAAGUAAAGCGGUUAUGAGAGGGUUCCUAAUACAACAGAACGCAGUAAAGAAAAGAAUUCAAAAUGAGAAGAAGGAUAAGAUAUUGGACAAAAUAAAGGAGAGUGAAAAAAGACUGAGAGUAAACCCCAAAUCUCAAGAGAUUUUGAGAGAGUUAAAGUUAUAUCAAGUACAAUAUAUGAAAAUGAUGAAUCAGGAAAUAGAAUGGAAAAUUAAACAAAUGAGACGAAAGACAUUUGAGUCAGCUAACAAAUGUGGUAAAUUGUUGGCAUGGCAAAUGAAAAAGAGACAAAAACUAAAUACGGUCACGAACUUAGAAGUGGAAGGAAGAAAUAUACAGAACCCCGCAGAGAUUAGAAAUUGUUUCCAGAGGUACUUUAAACGAUUAUAUACCCAAGGGCCAUUGAAAGAAACAGACUUAGAUCAAUUUUUGAAAACAAAUGGAUUACAAAAAAUAUCAAGAAAAUAAACUAAUUUUGAAUUACAAAAUAACUGAACAAGAAAUAGAAGGUGCCAUUCAAAAUAUGCAAUUGGGUAAAUCUCCAGGACCAGAUGGUUUGACUUCUAGAUACUAUAGAUCCUUGAAAGAAUGGUUAAUACAACCUUUGAAAGAGGUCUGCAAUGAAAUAAUGGAGGGGAAAAGAGCACCAGAGUCGUGGAAAGAAGCAUAUAUUACACUUGUACCGAAAACAGAGACUGAAAAGACACAGCUUAAGAACUACCGCCCUAUAUCAUUACUUAAUGUGGAUUACAAAAUAUUUGCUGCCAUUUUGGCCAAGAGAUUUAAACAAGUGUUGAUGGAAGAGAUUCAUAAAAACCAAGCGGGCUUUCUCCCAGGAAGACAUCUGUCUGACAAUUUGAGGAAUAUAAUUGAUAUUCUGGAAAAACUAGAAGUGAACAUAAACACUAAAGCAGUUUUGAUAUUUGUGGACGCGGAAAAGCCUUUGACAACAUUUCCUGGAACUUUAUGAAGAAGAAUCUACAGGGUAUGGGGUAGGCCAAGGCUUUGAGAAUGGUAUAAGUGCAAUUUAUUCAGAACAAAAGGCUAAAUUAAUUGUAAAUAUUGUGGUGACGGAAGAACUUAAAAUUGAAAAAGGGACACGACAAGGUUGCCCAAUUUCCCACUUCUUUUAUUUCGGUCCUGGAGGUUUUGCUGAACAUGAUUAGAAGGGACCAGUUGGUCAAAGGUAUACAGGUCGGAGCUAAACAGUACAAAUUGAGAGCAUUUGCAGAUGAUUUAGUAUUGACGUUACAGGAGCCAGAAUCUAGUACUAAAAGAGUUUUAGAAUUGAUUCAAGAAUUUGGUCAAGUUGCAGGAUUUAAAUUGAACAAGGUAAAAACUAAGGUUUUAGAGAAAAAUCUAACACCAAUGGAGAAAGAGAGGUUUCAGAAUAUGACAGGUUUAACAGUGGUUAAGAAAGUGAAAUACCUGGGGAUCAACAUGACAGCAAAAAAUGGGAAUUUAUUUAAAGAUAAUUAUGAAAAAUGUUGGGCUGAAGUGAACAAAGAUUUAGAAAUUUGGUCAAAUUUGAAGCUUUCACUGCUGGGCUGUAUUGCUGCGAUAAAAAUGAAUGUAUUGCCUAGAAUGUUGUUUUUGUUUCAAACUUUGCAAAUUGUGGACAAAAUGGAUUGUUUCAAGAGGUGGCAGAAAGAUAUUUCUAGAUUUGUCUGGCAGGGCAAGAAGCCCAGAAUAAAAUUUAAAAUAUUAAUGGACGCAAAGGAAAGAGGUGGAUUUGCCCUGCCAGACCUCAAACUUUAUUAUGAAUCAGCAGCUUUUUGCUGGUUGAAAGAAUGGCUGCUUCUUGAAAACACUGACAUUUUGGACCUAGAAGGUUUUAAUAAUGUAUUUGGAUGGCAUGCAUAUCUGUGGUAUGAUAAGGUCAAAGCACAUAAAGCAUUUAAAAACCACAUUGUCAGGAAAGCGCUGUUUAAUGUUUGGAUAAGAUAUAAGGAUUUAUUAGAAAAUAAAACUCCAAGGUGGCUGUCACCAAUGGAAGCGAAAGCCUUGAAAAAGCUCAAUAUGGAGGUCAAAUGGCCGAAAUAUUGGGAAAUUUUGGAACAAGAUGGAGAUAGACUGAAAUUGCAGAGCUUUGAAAAACUAAAAAACAAAGUGCGAGACUGGCUUCAUUAUUUUCAGAUAAUGGAGGCAUUUAAAUUGGACAAGAAAAUUGGCUUCCAGGUGGAAAAAUCAAAAUUAGAAACUGAACUGUUAGAACCCAAAACUAAGAAUUUGUCAAGAAUGUAUAACUUGCUGCUGAAAUGGAACACUCAGGAUGAAACGGUAAAAUCAGCUAUGAUUAAAUGGGCACAAGACGUUGGACACAACAUUAUGUUCUCGGACUGGGAACAGUUAUGGACCACAGGUAUGAAAUUUACGGCAUGUAAUGCCCUAAGAGAGAAUAUUAUGAAAAUGAUAUACAGGUGGUACAUAACCCCAGUCAAGCUUGCAAAAAUCUAUCAUUUGCCCGAUAAUAAAUGUUGGAAAUGUAAAGAAACUGAAGGUACAUUUUUCACCUUUGGUGGACGUGCCCAAAGAUUAAGCCUUUCUUGGAAAUGAUAUAUAAUGAAUUAAAAAGGAAUUUAAAUAGACCUUCUUGAAGAAACCAGAGGCCUUUCUCCUGGGCAUAGUAGGCCAAAUGCUGUUAAAAAAGGAUAGAUCUUUCUUUAUGUAUGCAACAACAGCAGCAAGAAUACUCAUCACAAAGUAUUGGAAGACACAAGAGCUCCCCACACUGGAGGAAUGGCAGAUGAAACUGAUGGAUUAUAUGGAACUGGCGGAAAUGACUGGUAGAAUCCGUGACCAGGGAGAAGAGUCGGUGGAGGAAGAUUGGAAGAAAUUCAAAGACUAUCUGCAGAAACAUUGCAAAAUUAAAGAAUGUUAGAGUGAUGCUGGAUUGAAAAUAAGUGGCUUCUAGCUAUACAGGCUUUAAAGUUAUAUAUAGAUCAAGAUUAAGGAUUAGGAUUAAAAAAAAAGUUAAAGGAAAUGGAAAUUUGACUUUUAAGAGGUAAAAAUUUAAGGUUAUAUUAUAUUAAGAUUAAGGAUUGGGAUUAAAAAAGAGGGAAAGAAACUGCUGGACAAAUAAAUUGAACUGGAAUACAAAAGAGGGAGGUAUGAGGAGGUCCAGAAAAUAAGUAAAUUUAAAAAUGGUGAUGAAAAGGUGGUAUUAUUUUUAACUGUUUUCUUUUUUGUCUUUUGCUUUUUUUUGGAUUAUGUAUUGUGUAUUUUUGAAUUGUGUAUUUUUCUUUUUUCUUUUUUCUUUUUUAUUGAUGUGUUCUUUUUAUUGGAAACCUUAAUAAAUAUCAUUUUAAAAAAAAAAGAAAACAAAAGAUCAGGAAUGUCCGGGUAUGUGUAGUAAUUUUCUAGGUGGGCAAUAUUUGUGGUCCUGCGGCUUCAAACUUUGUGUUUUGCAUUGUUGGGAGUGAUCUUGCUUCUUUGAUGACAUGAGUGUUUCUCUAUUGAAGUCUUGAGACACGAGUGCCCAAGCCAGCCUUCCAUAAUAUUGUGCUCUCCAGACAUGGCUGUCCUCCCAUCAGACUCAGUGAGCAUGGCCAAUGGCCAGGGAGGAUUUGUAAUUGCAGCCCAAUGACACCCGAAGGGCACCAAUGUGGGGGACCACUCUGGCCUCAAGAAUGUCACCUGCCUCAGGGCCUGGAGAGUUCGUGUCAGCAAGAGUAGACUACACUGAGCUGAUACGCGCACAUUCCAGUGUAUUUCACACCCUGUACCAGUGCCCUUUCUCUGCACACUUGGUGUGCGUUCAGAAGUGAUUCAUGUUGUUUCCAUGAUCACUGCAAUUCUUCUGUGACUCAAUGGACACCUGAAGUGCUUAUCCUCACAUCUGAAACUGUGGCUGUACCUUCAUGUUUAAUGACUCCUGUGCUUUCUGAUCACAGUGACUGUUGUGGCCACAAUCAAUGUCUCUGUAACAGUGAAGAAUCGGAAGUUCAGCCCAGAGAUGGCGAAUUCCAGCUCUUCUGUCUUCAAGACAUUUGUGAAGAUCUUUGAGGAACAGGUGAGGGGUGGCUGGGAGUGCACAGAGAGAUGACACCCCCCAAAAUACCCACACCCAAACCCGAACCCUAUGGCGACUUCUGAGUCCAGGCCCCAUUCAUACUCCAUUCCUCAGUGGUGAAGUUCAUUCACAGCAAGUCUGGAAACACAGUCAGGUUUCCCUCAUUUGGAAUACCUGGAUAUCCAGCUUCAGAAAUGGAGCCAUCAGAUGAGUAUAGAAAGCUGUUUCUGUAAUUUGUAGCUCAGAACUGAUGGUUCAAACCCUAAUACACACAUCAGGAACCGUCUUCCUAAUUGUCACUUUUGAAAGACCAAUGUUAAAGUGGCAAAGGUCAUCUUCCAGCCUUUAUAAUCAUCCCAUCCCUUUGGCCAGGCUGCCUGCUGGGAACUGGAGUCCAAGAACAGCUGGGGGAGGGCCACCGACUAGCCAUGCCCAGCACAGGAGAUACCCCAAAGGUGUGUUGGAAGGGUGGAGGAGGUAAAGGAGCACAGCAGGAUAGAGAGGCCCUACUCAGCACACAGGAGGGACCCAGAAUCUGCUGCGAUGGGGGGUUUAGUAUUUCUCAGAUCCACAAACUAGUUUACAUGUGGAGUUUUUUGUUGUUUCUUCUGCCGUGGAAAUUCCUGCAUUGCAGGGAUUGGACCCAAUAACCCUCAGGUCCCUUCCAACUCUACAGUUCUAUGAUUCUAGGGCUGCUGACCUGGACCUCAAAGAGGCACCCUGUCUGAUAUGAUCGGGGUGGCGGUCAUACUCGCAGUGGGCAGCUGCUCUGCUGUUUAUGUGCAGAACCUGCUGUUGGUUGGUGCUUCCGACUGUUGCUGUCUAUGCAGCUGAGAUGAGACCUCUCUCUCCUUGCAGAUGGACAUCCUCUAUGCGGACAUUCCUGGGUACACGGGUGUAAAGGUGAUUCGGCUGAGGUGAGUCACAGAAGAGAUACAGCUGGGGACCAAGUAUGGGAGGGAGGGUGCUGCUUGGUGCCAUGCAAUCUCCUGGGUCACUGCUGUGAGUGGCCACGCCCCUUUAAGCGACAGCCCCCACUACCAUCAUUCACCUCACAUCAGGCUGGCUGAGGGCACCUUUGGGGUUGUGGCUAAGUGAUUUAUUCUCUUCCUUCCUCCUGCCUCUUCUCAGCAAUGGUAGUAUUAUCGUGGACCACGAGGUGCUCCUGCAGCUUCACUUCUCAGACUUCAAUGCUUCUUACAAUGCUUCCAUGAAGAACCUCACACAGACCUUGCAAAAGAAUUGCACUUCCAAUGACAAAGGUGAGGAGGCGCCUGCCACUUCUCAUGGGAAGGUCUGGCUGGCAUGAGAAAGCAGAAGUCAUCCAAUGGUUGUGAUUCUGUCCCUCCUUAUUUGGGAGUAAAUUGCACCAGCAUCACAAGUGCAUGUACUCCUGAGUCAACAUGCAUAGGAUGGGGUUACCAAGGUGGUAGUCAGGAGUUAAGCCUGGGGUUGCCAGCCACACUGGGAGCCCAAAGACAGGCUGUGAGGCGGCCGGUGAGCCACCUCUCUGCAGAACCUGAGCAGCUCCACUGUCCAAGGUCACCCCAACUCCCCUGGUCCAAAACAAUUACGUUGUUUCACUAGGAACAGAGGUAUCCCUUUGAGAUUGAGCAAGAUGAAACUGUACGAAAGCUUAUUGUCCAAAAUGGAAUGAAUUUCACUCCAAACAGGAAUCAAGAAUAGAAUGAGCUUCAGUAAUGCUAUAUCUGAGGCCACCUAGUGUUAUCUAUCCAUGCUGAGGAGUGAGGGUGCAAACCCUUCUCUGUUACCCCAGCAGCAGUGCUGUAACAUCAACUGACCCCAGCUGAUUUUCCCAUGCCCACAUGGAGAUGAAUAUCAGGUUGCUUCCUGUCAGAAGAGGUGUGCUUCCUUCAGCCUUGGUGGCAGGGACUCAUUACAAGUGGGGGGGGGUGUUGAAGUAGAGGUCCCUCCCCAUGGUUGUCCCCCCCCCCCCCCCGUGAUUUCUUCCUUUCAGAAGCCUCACCUUUGCUUUCCCUCUCUACUUUAGAUAAGCUCUGCUUUACUGAAGGAGCAUCUCGUGUGACCGCAGUGCCGCUGAGUCCUAAAGGUGAGGACUGCCGUGUGGGAGGGAAUUAGUGUGUGGGAUAUAUAUAUAUAUAUAUAUAUAUAUAUAUAUAUAUAUAUUGAUGAUGAUGAUCCAGCAGCCAAGCUCCUCUUUUGUUCUCCUAGUCCAGGGGUCAGCAAACUUUUUCAGCAGGGGGCCGGUCGACUGUCCCUCAGACCUUGUGGGGGGCUGGACUAUAUUUUGAAAAAAAUAAUGAAUGAAUUAAUUUUAUUCCCUCAAAAUAACCCAGAGAUGCAUUUUAAAUAAAAGCACACAUUCUACUCAUAUAAAAAAAUGCUGAUUCCCGGACCGUCCGCGAGCCGGAUUUAGAAGGUGAUUGGGCCGGAUCUGGCACCUGGGCCUUAGUUUGCCUACCCAUGUCCUAUUCCCAUGCAUGUGGUGUUGUGAGACAUUUGCAUUCUUCCUUUGCUGACCCUACUCUCUCCUUUUCCAUUCCUAGAUCUGUCGGACGAAUGCAAGAAUGCCUCAGUGGUGGCACAAAACCUCCAGCCAUAUUAUGUGGCACGGAUCAUCAACAACACACUUCAUUGUGUCUCUAAUUGCAGUGAUUGGAACCCCCACCCAUUCCCCUGUGUGAAUGGAAAGUGCUACAUCACCUCUGAGGGGCCCAAAUGCCGGUGAGUAGCAUGCCAGGGGGUGAAGGAGGGAGAGGAGACAUGCGGUCAACUCUUCCCCGUAGGCGGGUCCAAUAAGUACUAUCUGUGGUGAAUAGUUAUGUGUGUGUUUUAAAAAUAGUCUAAUACAAUUUGUUACCUAUCCGUUCUAGGGAGAUGCCAAGCACAACAAGUGAAACAUCCAUUUCUACAAAUUUGAAAACAACACCUUCUGCUUAUGCAACCUCAGCAACUUCUGCUAAUGCAACUACCACACCUUCUGCUUAUACUGCUACGAAAAUAUCCACCCCAAAGACAUCUUCCCCUUCCACCAUUACUCGUGGGCGUACAUCGACUCAUUCACAGAUUACAAGCUCCUCUGGUAGGUAUCUAUAUAUUCAUAUGGAAAUGAUGUUUCUCUCCCAGCACAGUAUUCCAGGGCUUAACAGUUUACAUGUGCUGUGCAUAUGUUUCGGUGCCUUAACGCGAGUCCAGGAUUUCUUCAACACCGCUUGAUGUGUUGUUAGAUCACUCCCGUCUUUGUAGGAGUGGCUCUAAGUGGUCCCCCAUGACUCAGGCACACAGCUCACCCCUCCCCCAGGAGCUGUGUGUUCAGAAUUGUGGCCCAAUUCUGUGGAACUCCAUCUUGGCUGACACAUCUUCUUUAGUGAACUUCAGGCACCCAAGAAGGCUUUGUUGUUUUCAGCAAGCAGUUUAAGCAACACUUUUUGAUUUUCUGAUGAAAUCUAAUUGAUCAUUUGUAUCGCUCUUGAACUGUCACUGGACACUUCUUAGAAAUAAUACCAUUAAGCCGUACAGCAUAUAAACGGUUGGAUCAUCAACAUCAUCGCCAUAUAUGAGGGCUCCUUUGUAAACUUGUACUUAAAUUUUGGUUAUGCUCUGUUGUCUUCCUCUUGCUCAGCUCCUUCCACCACAGCUGUCCCUCUUAAGUGCCUUAAUGGAGGAGUGCUUGUCGGGGGUCGUUGUCACUGCCCAUCUCCCUAUACUGGGCAACGUUGCGAAGAGGCAGAGAAUGAAGUCCAAGUGGGUAAGUCUGAGCAUUAUUAGUACAAGACUCCCUGCUCACAGGUUUUUCCUUUGAAAAGAGUGGGCAGUAUCUAUGGCUCUGAAGCUGUAGACUUGGUUUUGUGUUGUUGGACGACUCAGUAUCGUGCAGUGAAAUUUUUCAUAGGGGAACAGUUAGGGCCAGAGGCCCUAGCUUGUGAGGGGUGGGGGUGGGGGGUUGAUGUAACACAUGUGACAUCCUGACACUGCGGACGUGAACAUCACACCUCCCUCCCUAAGCCAGGCAGAAUCUUCCCAGGCUUUGCCAAGGAGGUGCCAGGGCUCUGACAGGACACUGGAGCCUCUUGCCUCCUUCCAAAAGCCAGAUGGGCUUUGGGAAGAUGACAGGACAGAUCUUGGACCCAUCGGAGCCUUGCACCUCCCUCCCUAAGCCGGGCAGAAGCUUCCUGGGCUUUGCAAAGGAGUCUCCAGGGGACCAUUUAGGGGACUAGGCUAUCCCCCUUAGUCCAAUGGCCACCUGCCACUCUUGGGAGUGAUCUUGCUUCUCUGUCAUGCUGACCAUUUUUCCAUGGAAGCCUAGGGCCAGGACAGCCUUCUGUAGCCUGGUGCCCUCCAGAUGUUGUUCUCUUGGGCUUCCAGCUCCCCCAGCAAACAUGGCCAAUGGCAGGGGAGGAUGAGUAGUUGUGGCCCAACAUCUGGAGGACCUUGCCUGCACUCUCACUUUGCAAAGGGAAUUCUGUCCAUGGUAAGAUUUAAAGUUUCUUUCAACACUGAGAAAGAAGGGAAAGGUUUGCAGCCCCCAUGGAUGUGGGAAGAGAUAGAAUGGCGGCUUUUCUGGAUGCUGCUGUCUUGUGGGAGAUCUUUGGAAGAAGAAAAGGUUAAGGAGUAAACCGUACGCAAACCCAGAGCGGAGUCCUUAAGAGGGUUGGAUGGUGCCUCGUACGCCUCCUCCUGGCAACUCCUGCAGCCAAGCUAUUGCAAAGCGUCUUGCUCCGCUUUCCUUUGGACUACAUCAGUGAGGCUGAGGGGGGCGGGGCCUCUUGUCUUCUGGCCAACCCAGAGCCUCCAUACAUACUGCCCAGGCUUGCUUUGGUGCUGCUAAUGCACAGUUAAACUUCACCCCAGAGGCACUUGCCAUUGUCUCUGGAGACAAACAGAGGCCAACAAGCAGCAGCCAAUAAGCAAGAGCCUCGUUUGCCUCAGGCCCUGGAGAGUAAUUGCCACUCAGAGUAGACUACACUGAGUUGAGGUGCGCAGGUUCCAGUGCAUUUCACACCUGUAUUAGUACCCUUUCUCUGAACUCUUUGAUGUGGAUCCAAAGGCAAUCCAUGUUGUUCCCAUUAUCACUGCAAAUUAUCCUGCAACUGCACAGACAUCUGACAGGUUCAUCCAGCGGCGUAGCGUGGGUUGUCAGCACCCGGGGCAAGGCAAGUAAUUUGCGCCCCCUAACCCGGGGCAAGGCAAGUAAUUUGCGCCCCCUAACCUGCCGCUGCUGCCAGCUUCUUCUUGCUGCUGCCUGGUCUGGUCUGGUGUGGUUCUCUCCCGUGCUCAGCGCUGCGCUGCCGCUGCACUGUCCCUCCCCCAGAUAGUCCCUCGCUCUCUCUCCGCACCGCACACCUGGCACCCACCCCCUCCACAGUGGGCGGCGACCCAGCGGCUCAGAUCGGAUUCGCACAGCCAGCACUGCAGUGAGAGAGAGUGAGCCAGGUAGGGGCAGAGAGCUGCGAGUGCGAGCGCGCCCCCCCAGAUGUUGCGCCCGGUGCGGCCAGCCCCCCCUGCACCCCCCACGCUACGCCACUGGGUUCAUCCUCACAAGGUGUCUUUUCACCCCAAAGAGACAGGAGGUGUCAAUGGGAAGACACUUCCCAAGUGCUACCUGAGGCGGCAAACCUGUGCAAACUUAACUGGGAGAAGCAUCCAGCUUGCAGGACUGGGGAGAAGAAAAGAAUACUCUUGUGGAUGGGUUUCUUGAUGGGCUACCUAAGUGCUGCAACCCCUCUGGACAAGAUCAUGAUGGGGGGCAGGAGACAGAUAAAGGACAUGGCAGCAUUGUGCUCCCUUCACCAUGCAACUGGGCUGUUGUGUAGUCGUGAUUGUGAAAAAUGCCUGAUUUGAAAAUUCCAGCCACCCAUGGAAAUGCUUUGAUUUAGAACGUUACCUUUUCUGGAUGCAGAUGACUUCCAUACCAACCGUGUAUAAAACUGGUUGUAUCUUUAGGAGGUGUAUAUACAAUCUACUCAGGCUUGUCCACAUGCCUAGGAAGUCUGGGUCUGUGGGGUUUUCUGCUUGUCCUGUGCUUACUAGGCAUGCUUACUAGGUCUGAGCAGUUCUGCCUUUGCUACACUGUUUUCCCCUAGGAAACCUGCUCUUUGUGGAAAAACCAAUUGCCAUUUGUUCCUAUUCAGCACAAAACUGCUUUCCAAAGGAAAGUGCAGAGGCAAAUGGAAGUGUGGAUGAACCCUCAACUGGUUCUCAAGGAAAGAUGGCCAACUUGCUUGCUUCAAAAUGGUGUGUUGCUUCUGUGGCAUCACCCUGACACCUGCAGUUUAAAAAGCUUCUGAUAGCAGCAGCAGCUGGACAAGAAUGUCACCUGCCUCAGGACCUGGAGAGUUCCUGUCAGCAAGAGUAGACUACACUGAGCUGAUACACGCACAUUCCCAUGUAUUUCAUAACCUGUACCAAUGCCCUUUCUCUGCACACUUGGUGUAGAUCCAUAGGUGAUUCAUGUUGUUUCCAUGAUCACUGUGACUCAAUGGACACCUGAAGUGCUUAUCCUCACAUCUGAAACUGUAGCUGUACCUUCAUGUUUAACGACUCCUGUGCUUUCUGAUCACAGUGACUGUUGUGGCCACCAUCAAUGUCUCUGUAACAGUGAAGAAUCGGGAGUUCAGCCCAGAGAUGGCGAUUUACAACUCGUCUGCCUUCAAUUCAUUCGUGAAGAUCUUUGUGGAACAGGUGAGGGGUGGUUGGGAGUUCAUAGAGGAUGCCCACUCAGGAAAAUGAUCACUUCCAGGCAGACCUAUUGUUACUUUUGAGUCUGGGUCCCAUUAACAUGCCAUUCCUUUGUGGUAAACUUCAUUAACAGAGAUUUGUCCGCUUAGCACAUCUGGAAACAGUCAGAUUUCCUUUCUUUGGAACACCUAAAUAUCCAGAUGUGGAAAUGUAGCUAUCAGAUGAGUAUAUGCAAUAUGUAGCUUAGAUCUGAUGGUUCAUACCCUACACAGAAUAUCUUCUUGUUUCUGCUGCUGUGGAAAUGCAUCUAUGACAGGGAUUGGACCAAAUGACCUUCAGGUCCCUUCCAACUCUACAAUUCUAUGAUUCUAGGACUGCUCACACACACCUCAAAGCCACGCUUUGUCUGGGUAGACACAGAGGGCUGGUGAUGCUUGCAGACAGCAGCUGCUCUGCUGCCUCUGUGCAGACCCUGCUGUUGAUUGGUGCUUCCGACUGUUGCUGUCUAUGCAGCUGAGAUGAGACCUCUCUCUCUUUGCAGAUGAACAUCUUCUAUGCGGACAUUCCUGGGUACACGGGUGUAAAGGUGUUUCGGCUGAGGUGAGUCGCAGAAGUGAUACAGAUGGGGGCCAAGUAUGGGAGGGAGGGUGCUGCUUGGGGCCAUGCCUGGCCCCCCUGCUGUGAGUGGCCACACCCCUUUAAGCGACAGCCCCCACUAACAUCAUUGACCUCACAUCAGGCUGGCUGAGAGCACCUUUGGGGUUGUGGCUAAGUGAUUUCUCCCUCUUCCUUCCUGCUGCCUCUUCUCAGCAAUGGUAGUGUUAUCGUGGCCCACGAGGUGCUCCUGCAGCUUCACUUCUCAGACUUCAAUGCUUCCUACGAUGAAUCCGUGAAGGACCUCAAACAGACCCUGAAAAAAAAUUCCACUUCCAAUGGCAACGGUGAGGAGGCACCUGCCACUUCUUGUGGGAAGGUCUGGCUGGCAGCUGAAGGAGCCAAAAGAUGGCAUGAAUAUUGCAAACUUUUACGCUACAUUCCCAUCCAUCUAAUGGAGUAGGAGGAAAGGCUUCUUAUUAAAUGUCUUCAGAUCGGCUGUCAUGAGGAAGCAGAAGUCAUCCAAGGGUUGUGAUCCUGUCCCUCCUUAGUUGGGAGUAAAUUGCACCAGCAUCACAAGUGCAUGUACCUCUGAGUCAACAUGUAUCAGAUGGGGCUCCCAACGCAGUAACCCAAAAACAGGCUGUGAGACGGCCGGCGUACCAGCUCUCUGCAUAAGUUGAGUGGCUUCACUGAGUCCAAGCCCACCCCCACUCUCCUGAACCAAACAAUUACCGUACGCUGUUUUACUAGGGACAGAGCUACCCCUUUGAAAUCACACAGAGAAAAGCAGGCAUCAAGAAUAGAAUGUACUUCAUCUACGCCAUAUCUGAGGCCACCUACCGGGUUUGUCCUGUAUGGUGAGGAACAGAGGAACCUUUUCCAAAAGGGAGCCAAUCAAUGUCUCCCUAGUCUUCCCAUUUCACUGCCAUAUGGAACAGAUCAAUUUAUUUAUGCCUGAUCAGAGGCAACCUGGUGUUAUCCAUCCAUGCUGUGAGGUGAGGGUUCAGACCCAUCUCUCUGUUACCAGCAGCUGCCCCUGUAACAUCAACCAGCCCCAACUGCUUCACCCUUGCCCACACAGAGAUGAGUGUCAGGUUGCUGGUUGGACAUAGGAGGGAUGGCAGAGGAAGUGUGUUUCCUUCAACUCUGGUGGCAGGGAGACAUGGCUGGUGGGUGGGGGAACAGGUCCUUCCCCUUGGAUGCUCCCCCUCCCAUGAUUUCUCCCUUGCAUAAGCCUCACCAUUACUUUCCCCCUCUCCUUCAGAUUCGCUUUUGUUUACUGGAGAGCGUUAUGUGACCGAAGUGCCCCUGAGCCCUGAAGGUGAGGACUGGGGUGUGAGAGGGGGUCAGUGUGUGCUUAACACACUCCUAAUGUUGAAGAGUUGCAGUGGGCUGUCUGGAUGGGGGUGGUGGAGCCGUAUGAGGAAGAAAACAUGGCCACCACAUGCAAGCAAAUGCUAUGAACCCCCGUACACCUUGUGGCACCGCUGGAUGGUACAGAUGUUGCCAGGAUUCUGCAUGUGCAGUCACAUAUGAGAUGCACAGAGGCUAAUCCUAGGGCCAUCAGUCGCCAUCACAGUUGGUGGGGAAGAAAGUAAGAUAAGGAAGAAGAAGGGAGGAAUUCAGGGCCACCAAUGAGUCCUUCCUUUCCCUUUCCAGCUCUGUCAAAAGAAUGCAAGAACACCUCCGUGGUGGCAAAAAACAUCCAGCAAUUUUACGUGGCACGAAACAUCAGUGGCAGCCUCCAGUGUGUCUCUAACUGCAGCGUUUGGCACCCCGACCCCUUCAGCUGUGUGAACGGAAACUGCUAUGUCACCCCUGAGGGGCCCAGUUGCUAGUGAGUAGCAUGCCAGGGGGUGAAGUGGGUGGUGGCAAAGGAUCUGGGCCUGUGGCACAGGGGGACAAAAUCAUGCCCAUAGGCUGUUCCUACCAGAUGUGCUAGUAGGAACCAUUUAAAUGUCAUUUUUAAGAAAACAGUGUCAUUCAUGUGCAUGUUGUCUUUUGCUGCAAUUCCCCGUGGGCACCAGUCACCACUGCUCCUGCCUUGGAUUGGGGCCCUGGAUGCCACUCAGCCCCCCCCCCCCGAAUUGCAGCAUCAGAAACACCCCCUGCUCCCCACCCCGUAAAUAACCCAGGCAUCCUGGGCCCCAUUACCUGCCUUCUUGCCGGUUUUUGACGCCGCCUUUCCUCCCACAGCUGUGAGCAGUCGGACUCCUACUGGUUCGUGGGCCGGCGCUGUGAGCAGGGCAUCAGCAAGGUGGGGGUGGCCGUGGGGGUGGCCCUGGGCCUGGCGGUGCUGCUGCUGAUCAUCCUGGUCUUGGUCGUGCUUCUCUGCUGGAGGCGCUGUUGCCCGAGGGAGAAGGGACACAGGUAGGAGGAGGGCUGGGCACUCAAACUCUUGUCAGCUUGGUCAGCUCCACGUCCCGGUCAGCCUCUGCUGUUUUAACUGGCGCUGACUCUGGAAGCUGUCCUUGAAAUGGGCUGAAGGACAGAUCUUUGCCCUGAUGGCCUCUGUUGGUCUCCCACUUCCAGGCUGACGCAUUUGCCUCCCGAUGAAGAGAGGUGGUACGAAAAUGAGCCCGAGUGGGUGGCCCGUCCUGAAGGCCUCGAUCCGAGUGCCCCAGCAAUGGAAAGCAGCAGCGCUGCAGCAGGUGGUAUGUGGCAGAAGGCCUAGGUCGGGAAGGGGAGGUCUUGGAGGUGGUGGUGGUGUUAAGCCCGGGGUUCCAUGGCAGCUGCCAGACUCCAUCCCAGAGGAUGCGCCUUGCCUUGCCCUGGAAGGAAGCACAAUGUUAAUUGGAUUACAGGUGGUCUGGGGUUGCAGGAGGGGUUCAAGUUGCACAGAAACAUUCCACCCCACAUGCAGAAAUAAGGAAAUAAGAAAGGGAAGGGGAGAGCAACAGGGGAGGUCAAACACAGCCACGUCCCCAAACUGCAAUCAGGCGGAAGGGCUUUCCAUGCCCUGCCACCCCACCCUGCCCUGAUCCAGGAGAAGGAAAUAGAAAUAAAUAAAUGAGAUGUGGGGGUUCUCAUGUACUCUGUGCUCUGGGGAGGGAGCGCUAGGCACCUGAGGGGGAUGAUGAGCCUCAGCCCUGAUUACGGGUUGCAUUAUCACACCAGGGAAGACCACUUUGCUUGCCAGAGCUUUGAAAAUGCAUUUUGUAAAAAUAAAGCAGGUUCUAGCUGGCUCUGUGGAUCCCUCCCUUCUUGGAAGACGUCUGGGUGGGCAAGUGGAGAGGCUGGACAGGGGCAAGAGGAAGCCCUUUUGAAAGAGGGCACCAAAUCUUUAAAAAUGCCUGACAUGCUCCCUCCCCCUCCUUCGCCCUUUGCACAGAAGACCAUUACAGCAGCAUGAGCAGCGAGCAAGACAGCUCCACCGCAGACCAGGGCUCCUUCCAGCCCCGCCUGGACAAAGUGGACACCUCCCUGCCGGUACAAGGAAAGAGGGUGCUUAGGGUGGGGUGCAAAAAAGCACAGCCAGAACAAUCUGGCGGCUGAAAAGGCCUGUUCCAAGCAAGGACACAUAACAAGAUUGUGUGCCUUUCAGAUUAGGGGGAGAAGCAACAGGCAGGGGGUUCCGGCGGGCACAGGAUAGGUUUCUAGGUGGCGUGGGGAAAUGGAGUGCAUAUAGGGUCAUUCCACAAACCGAAAAGGCGGGAGGUUCAGAAUAGAAGACAGGAAGUCUGUCUUCACAGUGGUGGCAAAAUCAGUGUAUGGAACUCCCUGCCACAAGAGGUGGUGGAGGCUGCUGGCUUAGAGGCACAGGUGGGUUAGCCAAAUUCCUGGCACUGCAAAUAUCUGUCACUACUUUGGGUAGUGAAAUGUGGCCUCCAGGGUCAGAAGCAGUCUACUGUUGGAUGCCAGCUGCUCAGGGCUUUUCUUCUGGGCAUCUGGCUGGAAUCCGGAUGCUGCUGCAGGUGGACUUAGCUCUGAUCCAGAGCACGGCUGUUCCCAAAAAGUGCUUGUCGUUUGCACUGACCCUGCCUCACUCUUCUGCUUUCUCCUUCUCUCCCUGCGUACUGCGGCUGCAGAGACGGAUCGCUCGGCCCCAGUUGAAGCGGCCAUGA